GAAGGUGAAGAGCAAGAAGAAGCAGAAAACUUGAAGACAGAAAGAUCUUAUAAGUAUCGCAGAUCUGAAAUCAGACACCACAAACAAAAGAAAGAGAAUAUAUUUCUCAGCAGUUUUGAAUUAUUUACUUAAAUUCUUUGUUUUAAGUAUUCUAACAGGUCUUUGGAGAUGGAGAGCCUAAGAGCAGUCGUCUACCUGUCCAUCUUCUUGUCAGUGAUGACAUACGUUUGUCAGGGUGAAAGGUCGACUGAGAAUCAGCUGCCGUCUGCACCGGACGAGCCGACCUUUGGGCUUGAACUGGCUGAAGCUCUGCAGGGUCUCCUGGAUGAAGCUGACAGCAGAGUUGGUCUCUCUGUGGAGAAAAAGGCCAGCGUCAUCCCAAGGUGUGACGUGGGCGAGCGCUGUGCGAUGAAACACGGACCUCGGAUCGGUCGGCUCUGUGACUGUCUGAGAGGAACGGCCUGCAACACCUUCUUCCUGCGUUGCUACUGAACAUUCAGACUCAUUGUUACUUCUAUCCUCGUGAGGAGGUAAAAUCCAAAUGUCAACCUAUUAUCUGGUCUGUAAUGUUAAACAGACCUAGUUAACUGUCCUCACAAAGAUAGAAGUAUGCACUGACACACACUCUUAGAUUUGUCUCUGUGUGUUUGUUCUUUGUUUUGAAGUUUCUGUGUCUGUAAUUCAGAUUGAUUCACUUUUGUUAAUAAAGAUUCUUCAUAAAGCUCCACGACUCCAAUGAUUUUAUGAUUUUCAUUCCACAUCUUAGAUUAUUUAUUCACCUUCACGGACUGUUGAAACAUCAAAUCAUGGUCAGAUAAACUUAAAAAUGUGUCUUUAACACCCAUACAUGUGGACUAUUGUAUUUAUGCUUGAAGCACAGCUGUAGACCACCUUAAACCUUUAAUUCAUUUUUCAAGUUGUUAAGUCUUUCUCUAUUUGUUGCAAAUUAUUUUAAAAGAAUUUGAAUUGUAAUGUUUAUUUAGGAGAAUACUGUAUGUUGCCUGUUAUAUGAAGUUAUUUGAAACAGAUGAAUGCUAUAAAAGGGAAAUGUUGGUAUGUGCUAUUAGUAAAAAUCAUUUGAGAGUAGAACCAGAGUAUGGAACAAAUGUUCUAGUUAUAUGUAUGUUUUUGUCUGUGAUUCUUCAUCUUUUUGCAAUUAAAUAAAUGGUGGUGUACCACAAAGCUCAGUAAAAAGACUUCUGCUUUUC